CAGGUAUGCGAGCUGCCAUCCAUGAUAGCAUAUACGCUGUUCAGAAGGCUGUUCGAUGAGGAGAGUGGCUCGGUGCCCCGCGACAAGCUGGUCAAGUUCUGGACGGGGCGGGGACUGGUGACGGCGCCGCCAGCCAAGCGGGCGUUCGAGUGCCUGAGGCCGGACAGCCAGAAUCACUUGUUGUUUCAAGACUUGUGGCCGUUGCUGGAGUGUGUGCUGCGCUACCACCCGGGUCUUGAGUUCCUGGCCGAGACGCAGGAGUUCCAGCGCAAGUACGCGGAAACAGUCAUCCACCGCAUCUUCUACUCGCUAAACAAGAGCGGCAGCGGGCGGCUCACUUUCCAGGAGUUUCGGAGCGGCGACCUGAUGGACGCGUUGUGUGCGCUGGACCGGGAGAAUGACAUCAACAAGAUCCUCAAGUUUUUUUCGUACGAGCACUUUUACGUCAUCUACUGCAAGUUCUGGGAGCUGGACCAGGACCACGACUUCCUGCUGGACAAAAACGACCUAGCGCAUUACUCCAAUUGCGCGUUGUCGUACGUCAUCGUGGAGCGAAUCUUUGAAGAGGCGCCGCGCAAGUUCAAGGCCAACACUCCCCCCGGCAAGAUGUGCUACGAGGACUUCGUGUGGUUUAUCCUUAGCGAGGAGGACAAGACCACGGACACAGCGCUCACUUACUGGUUCAGGUGUGUGGAUUUGGACGGCGACGGCGUCAUACGGCCCCGCGAGAUGCUCUACUUCUACGAGGAGCAGCUCCGGCGGCUGGAGGGCUGGAACCAGGAGCCAGUGCAGUUCGAGGACCUGCUGUGUCAGCUGCAUGACAUGCUGGCGCCAGCGAAGGAGGGCGCGUUCACACUCAGGGACUUGAAGCGCACGAAGCCGCAGUCGGGGCUGUUCUUCUCAGCUCUGUUCUCGCUGCACAAGUUCGUCAGUUUCGAAAACCGCGACCCCUUUGCGCAGCGCGCGGAAGCGGCCGAGUUCGCGGGGUUGUCGGAUUGGGACAAGUUCGCCAAGAUCGAAUACUUCAGG